AUGGAGGACCCACAGGUUGCGGUUGAGACACCGCAAGUCACCUUCAAAAAGAGAAAUCCCAAAAUCAAGUCUACCAUUCGAAAGCGAGCCGCCACUCCUCCGCAAGACGAUGACUCGGAUUCGGGGUUUUCAUCUUUCGAAGACGAGGAGGGAAGACAAAUCAAGCGAAGACGGAAGAAUGCCGGCGUCACCGCAUCGUCAAAGGUCAAUCCUGAAACUCGCGAGACGCCCGCCGAAGUAAAAUCGACGGCGCCCGUGAUUGCUGCUACGAACAGGGACGACGCUACCAAAGCGUCGAACUGGUAUGAUGAGGAUGGCAACCAAAAACCCGAGAACUCUUCUUCCAAGAGGCCAGAUAUGGCUGCUCCGGAUGGGACGUAUAAAGGCGUUGCAAAUUACCAGUCAUUCAUACAGAAGAAUCCUGAUCGCGCUCCGAAACAGGUCGGGCCCCUCAAAUCUUCGACCAACGUGAGGACGAUCACUGUCACAGAUUUUGCCCCCGAUGUCUGCAAGGAUUACAAACAAACCGGAUUUUGUGGAUUCGGCGACAAUUGCAAAUUCCUCCAUGCACGCGAGGACUACAAGCAAGGUUGGCAGCUCGAUCGAGAUUGGGAAAUCAGUACUAAAGGAAAGAAUCCGGCUGCCAAAAUGGUAGCAUCGGCGAAUCGCAACGCUCAGUCAACAGAGGAUGAUGAAGACGAUGAAAAGCUGCUUGAGAGCAUACCGUUUGCGUGCAUCAUCUGCAAAAAGUCUUAUACAAACCCCAUUGUCACGAAGUGCGGCCAUUACUUCUGUGAGGCAUGCGCGUUGAAGCGAUAUCGAAAAGAUCCCUCGUGUGCCGCCUGCGGAUCAGGAACGGGAGGGGUAUUCAAUGUGGCCAAGAAGUUGAAUCGACUAUUAGAAAGGAAACGGGAAAGAGAGAGGCAGAAGAGAGAAAAUGCUGCUGAGGACGAGGAGGGCGCAAAAGCCGCUUGA